UCUUCUCAACCACUAAUAACAAUUGCAUCUGUUCCCGUGGUAAUUCUACCAUUGUCUAGCCAACAAAAUGGUAUGUGUAUGUGAUGAAUGUCAAUUAGUUUGUUUGAUUUCAUUAGUCUUUUGUGUUUUUGUUAAUGUCUUUCCUUAUAUGUCGCCUUUGGAAUUCUUGUUUAUUACAGUUACGUCUCAGGCAUGAAUGUAAGUCGAAGUAUAUUACUAAAGUCAACGAGAAGCUUACCGAACUUCAAAGGUCUGAAAUUCAGAAAACACCUUUUAAAUGGUUAUUGAGUUUGCCUAAGAAAUUAAAAAUAUCUGAAAAUUUGCUUGAAGAAUUGGUGGAAAGAUGGGAUGAUAGGAGUGGGGGGUUUGCUAUACAAGGUCGGAUAAUACGGUUUACACCUUUAGAUGUAUGUUUUGCAUUAGGACUUCGUAUAAUAGGUGAAAAGGUGAACUUCAAAAAUGACCCUACAUCCACUACGAAAGCAAUGUUUGAUAAUGAAGUCAUCAAUGUAAAAACAAUUUAUGCUAAAAUUAUUAAUAUGGAAGGAGACGAAGAUCUUGAGAAGUUUUGCCGACUUUAUUUACUUCUUGGUUUUGCCGAGUUCUACUUUCCAAAUUCAAGUGUUAAGGUUAGUGGUUGGUGCCUAAAAAUGUUAGACGACUUGAACUGCCUUGGGAGAUACAAUUGGGGUGUCGCUGUUUAUGAAACUCUUGCUUGCAGUUUAAAUCGAGUAGCGCCUCUUUUUUGUGAUGGAAAAAAUUCUUCACGGUUACAGAUUAAGGGAUGCGCUCUUGUAUUACAGGUAUGGGCUCUAGAGCAUGUACUAGGAUACGAACGAAGUUAUCAUGAUUCUCCAUUGACGUUUCCACGAUUUAUGAAGGCGCGUGGUGUUAGUUUGGUUGGCAAAAAUAUAUCACACUUGCUUGAUAAUUAUUUGGUUAUUGAAGAGUUAAGUGCAACUAAAGAAGAGGUUGCAAAUGAAGUUGUGAGGGAGGCGUUAGAUCGAGCGCCAAGUGGAUAUAUUAAAUGGAGACCAGAUCCUAUUAUUAGUCAGUUAAUUGUUAACAAUCGCCUGUUGGGUGAAGCAAACAAAGGACUUUCCGCAAGGAUAUCUCUUCUUGAAUCGGAAACUAGAGAGAUGAAGAAGUUAUACGGUAGUGCACAAUCUAGUUAUGUGGACGAAGGUGUCUUCAAUGAUGAAGGUGUCCAUGAGGACGUCUCCAUGGAUGAGAUUGAAAGAGUUAUUGAAAGAGAGGUGGCAAAUGUAUCAUAUUGUGAACCACAGCCUGCAUCAAAUCUCUUAACUAGAAUUAAGGACAAGCCAAGAAACCGUGUAAAAAGUAGGGUUCUGCUUUCCCCAUGGGUGAAGGAUGGACGCAUCAAGAAGAAGAUUUAAAUUAGUGUAGUGUUUUGAUAUGAUUGCAAUGUAGAUGUUUUUUGAUGCUAUUUUUUAUUUAGUAGGACAAUGUCGCACCUAUAAUAUUAAUGGAAACACCAUAUGUUGUUAGUUAU